AUGUCUUCCUACAUUUUUUAUCAAGUCUAUGACGAGCAGGGAAAGCUUCAUGCUCCCGCCUAUGGCUCUUGCGACCCCGCAAGGUACCCAUUCGUUGGGGCGUUCAUGCAGAAAGAUGUGGGCCAGGCCCCCAAGCUGUGCAUUCGCUGCACCGAAUUGUUUGCGACGUUCGACACAUUCGCUAAGAACCUAGGAUUCAGUGAAAAGGACAUCGUGAACCUCGCGGAGAACGGAUACGGACGCGAUCCAGACCACCCUCUCAUCUUCAAGAUGCUUAGCUGGGAUCGUCCCGCACGCCCUGCCGGCCGAGAGCACAUUGCCCCCGAAGCUUUUCGGCCGAAGAAUCAAUAUUUACGGGUUUGUACCAAUGGGAGAGGCUGCUUCGGUUUGAUGGUUUCCAUCGCUGAGGCUGAGAAGUCGGAACGCUGGGAUGAUAUGCAGAUACACGAGAUCGCUCCUCCGAGCCCUCCCGAAGGGGAUCAAGCCAAAGCUGGACAUGGCUGGUCCAAAAAACACUUCACUAGUGCUGGCGGAUUUGCUGGAGGAUUUCGUGAUGUCGGAUAUCUCCGACAUUUGAGCGGGGGCAAUGACAAAUGA